AUGGAUUAUGUAGAUUAUCUUAAUGAUCCAUAGAAAUUUAUAAAAAAGGAAGGACUUUAAGCAGAUUAAAGAUUAUUUGCAGUAAAUGUAAAUAUGUAAGGUUGGGAUAAAGAAAUAAAUCAUUUAAAAUAGUUUUUACCAAAAUGUUUAAGACCGUAAGGAGAGAAUGAUGGUUUAAGUUAUUUAAGAUAAGAGAUUGAUGGUGUAAAUAUACCUUAAAUAUAUAUAAAAACAGAAGGAGUAUGGACAGGUGGACAUUAAGAGAAUUUAAGUGUAAAUGCAAUAAAUAUAAAUCAUGGUCCAGCAGAUUGUGUUUGGAUUACAGUUGAUAAUGAGAAUGUUUAGAAAUUAAGAUAAAAAGUAUAAGAAUUAUAUGAUACUGAUAUAUUCAGAAAUGAAGGAUUAUGGUUUAAAGAACCAGAAUUCUUUUUAAAAUAUGGAAUACCAUUUAGAUAUACAUUAUAAAAGAAAGGUGAUGUUGUUAUAUUAGGUGCAGGUUGUUUACAUUGGGUUAAAUCAUUAGGUUAAACUAUUAAUACUGCUUGGAAUCAAGUUGCUUUAGAUGAUAUGACACUUGAAGCUAUGAGUGAAAGACAUAAAUUAAACAAGGAAAUUAAUUAUAGAACUGUUAUUCCAUAUAAAAAUUUAAUGUUAGAUUUAUAUAUUCAUGAAAAAUCUCUAUCUUAAAUGACUAUUGAAAGAAUUUAAUUAGAACUUUAGAACUUUUUUGAUUAAGAAAAUAGAAAAUUACAUACUAUUGAUCCACCAUCUUCUUAAUUAGUUGAAUGUUGUAAAGAAGUAUAAUUAUGCUCUAAAUGUGAACAUGAAAUAUUUCUAUACUUUUAUCAUGACAAUGAAGAAUAUUUAUGUUUAGAUUGUGUUUAAAAUAAGCUUAAUCAUAAAAGUUUAUUAAUAUCUAUGAAAUAUAGAUAUCAUUGUUUUUAUUUCUUAUUAUAAUCAUAACCUACUAAUUGUAAUUAAGAAUUCUGUUGUCCAUAUACAGGAAAAACUAAAUGUUAAAUUUAAUAAGAACUUAAACCAGAAUAUUAAGAAGCAUAAUUCAAAUAUAAAGGAUAACCUAAAUUAAAUUCAAUGCUACAUGGUACUGAUAAAAUGAAGAAAAAAAAGGUUGAUAGAAUGGAUUAUGAAAUCGAUGUUAAAACAUCACUUAAUAAUGAUAAAUAAAAAACUAGAGGUAGAAAAAAAUCUAUUGAUAAAUCUCAACCAACAAUCAAAAGAAUUAAAAAUUAUUGA